AUGUCAUAUUCAUACGCAAAUACACUUAAUGGUUCCAUAUCGUCACUAUCGGCAUCAGUAUCGCUUUUAGGGAAUAGUCUGAAUUCAUUAGACGCGCUAUCAGAAGAUUUCGAAAGGUUACCAACAGUAUUAAAACAGUCAAACAUUUUCACAUUAAUACCUGAAACUGAUUUAAAUGAUGCUAAACAACACCUUGUUUAUGAGCUAGAGCCUAAGAUAGAGGCAUUAAAGGAUAAAGUCAGAUUAAAAAUAUCUAAAUUAGAAAGAAAAAAAUCAAAUUUAGUAUCCAAAAUUGAAUUGAAUCAAGUUAGAAUAAAUAAUUUCAAAAAUGAUGAGAAGGCAAAGAAAGCAAACCAAGAGAAUGUGGAGAUUGAAGGCUCAGAAGAAGAAUUAGAGAAAUUAAGACAAUUAAGACUUAAGAAAGAUAGAUUAAAAUUCAAACUUUCAAGUGUAAAACUACAACAUAGAAAAGCAAGAUUAAGUAUGAUCCCACGUUGA